AUGAGCUUGAAAAUGAGAAGGGUAACACUAUUAUGUACACUAUUCGUAAUGCUUAUUCAUCAUGUGAGAGGUCAUGGGCGAUUAAUGGAGCCUCCAGCUCGUAAUGCCAUGUGGCGCUUUGGUUUUCCAAAUCCUGUUAACUACAAUGAUAACGAACUUUUUUGCGGUGGAUGGUCUGUACAAUGGGAGCAGAAUUCAGGAAAAUGCGGUACAUGUGGUGAUGCAUAUCAUCUGGAUACACCUCGACCCCAUGAAGCUGGCGGAGAUUAUGGCAAAGGAAUAAUUUCGAGACGAUAUGCAGCUGGACAGGAAAUCGAAGUGGAAAUUGAGUUAACAGCAAACCAUUUAGGACGCUUCGAAAUGUAUUUAUGUCCAAAUAAUAAUCGCUAUCAGGAGGCAUCACAAGAAUGCUUUGAUCGUUAUCCCCUCCUUAUAACAAAAACUAGAGAAGUCCGAUACUUUAUUCCAAGCGAAUCAAGGAAGCAAGAGACAUUCCAUUACAGAGUCAGAUUGCCACAAGGAGUCACAUGUACACAUUGUGUUAUUCAAUGGACAUACUAUACAGGAAAUAUGUGGGGUAAAUGCGCAAAUGGAACGGAAGCUGUUGGUUGUGGACCAGCUGAAACAUUUAGAAACUGUGCUGAUAUUGCUAUUUAUACGAGUGCCGGUGCUGGACGUCCACCGUUAUUUGUGAGCGAAAAACAAAAUCCAUUCUUACUGUACUACAGAGAUCUUCGUGCUGAUCCACAAAAUAACGUCUUUCCAUUGAUUGUACGUGAUCAAGUAUGCGUACCUGGCCCAGCCUUCCGUACAAUUCCAGGAAUGCAAGAUUGGUGUUUGCAAAAUUGCUUGAGAUACCCACCAAAUUGUCCAGAAAAUGUAUGCCAUUGCCCUCGAACAUGUGAAGCAAUUGGCGAGAUUGCUGGAAAAGCAGGAGCUGACGUUUAUUGCCUUUAUCACUGCCUUAGUAAUACUCAAGAUUGUCCAGCAAAUCGCUGUCGAUGCUAUUAG